GGCCACCCCUCAUAGCCUGGUUCCUCUCUAGGUUUCUUCCUAGGUUUUGGCCUUUCUAGGAAGUUUUUCCUAGCCACCGUGCUUCUACACCUCUGCAUUGCUUGCUGUUUGGGGUUUUAGGCUGGGUUUCUGUACAGCACUUUGUGAUAUCAGCUGAUGUAGAAGGGCUAUAUAAAUAAAUUUGAUUUGAAAUUUGAUUUGAUUGUAAAUAUUAAUAUUGUAUUUGAUAUAUGAACUAAAUAGGUCAAAAAUAGGCUUAAAUUUGAUCUAAACCAUCCACAAAUAAUUAUAUCAGUAGACGAGGUUGAACAGGUUAGUGUCGUUUCACAGUGCACUGUUAGGUAUACUAGUUCAUGCGUCCCAGCACUCUUAUGUGAGUAUGAAAUUCCUCUCUUUCUGAGCAACUGUGUCCGUUUAACCCUCCCCUUCCUGUGACUAUAUGGCCGUGUCUGCGUGAGAGACUAGAGAUACUGUAUCUCAGCGGAGCAGACAACUGUUGCAUAGAUAAUGUCAAACUGACACACACAGAAAGAGCGUUUUCCACAUUGAUAAUGUUGUGUGCCUUGUAAUCCUAGAAGUUUUACAAAGUGGGUUUUCCCCAACUAAAACCGCAUUUUUAAUAAAUUAUAUAUACUCUUUUACUCCCGUGUAUGAUAUAUGGAAUAAGACAUAUUCAACAACUCAAUCCAUAUUCUGUUUUCUAUUUGCAUUUAUACUGUAAUUAAACAUGUAUCAAAUUAUCCCCAAAAGCAUCCUUUAAUUCUGUGGAUGAUGAUGAUGAUAAUAAUAAUAAUAAUAAUAAUAAUGGAACAAGUAUUAGGCAUCUAGGCCUAUUUGCACUUCAUUUUAGAUAUCUAAAGACAAAAAAGUGUCUAGGAUAGAGGACAAAAUUUAAAUUGGGAUUUACCUAGAUAAUCUAUUGACUAAAGGGGCGUGACGGAGACUGCGCAAUCGUCAUCUAGAACGUUCUCUCAUGAGGAGAGUUGGCUAAAGUUUUGCUCCGCGAGAUAAAAGUAUAAUAUUGGAUGCUGGUUCUCUCAACUGGGAUGUGUACACCACCGUUGAGUAUAGUCGGAUAGUGGUUCUCUCAACGGGGAUGGCUACGCCACCUUUGAGUAUGAGCUAUAUACAUUUGAUGGUUGUCCUCAUCUGGGCCCUCACCCCCAUGGCGGCAGCUCAAUCUGGCCUUGAGUUGACACAGACAGGAGGCAGCAUCAGGAACAGGAAACAGCGGGACAUCUCAUGCAGGGAAAACCUGGAGUACCCACAUGACAACAUCUGCUGUUUGAGUUGCCCAGCUGGUAAAUAUGUCAAAGCGUACUGCACGGGUGCCUUGGAGAAAGGAACAUGUGAGGACUGUGACCUCGACACAUACACUGAACAUGACAACGGACUGCGACAGUGCUUAAAGUGCACUAAGUGUCGCUCAGAUCAGGUGACCACAAAGACAUGCACCAUCACUCAGAACACAGAGUGCCAGUGUAAACCAGGGUAUUUCUGUGCCCCUGACCAAGCCUGCGAGGUGUGCAGAAAGUGCUCAAGAUGUAAAGACAAUGAGGUAAGGGUGAAGAACUGCACCACUACGUCCAACACGGUCUGUGAGACCAGACUGCCCACAUCCAGCACCAUCUCAGGUAAAACUCCAGGCCCAGUGGUGAUUGUGGUGGCAGUACUGGGUAUCACUGCUGCACUUGCCGGUGUCUAUUGGAUGAGGCGAAAGCGCUUUAAAAGGACAGACACCCAGAAUAAUCCCAGUGCGAUGCUAAAAGUCGUGGUGGAUGAUCAAAAUAACAGGUCAAUUGAGGAGAGGCAGAACAACCAGAAUGCUGUGCUGGAUGACACACAGCUCCAUCCCUUGCUGCAGCAGACCCAGGCGGUGGGUGCCAAAGCCUCAGAGGAUGAGGACAAUGGACUGGGCGACAGCCUCCCCAACACCACCAACUCCUCCCAGUCCAGUCUGUCUGCACUACCCUCAGCCCCCCUCCCCAGAUCCUCCCCGCUUCCCAGCCCUUCGGCCAUGAGGCAGCCUGGCACUGCGGCUGGGGAAAAUGUUGUCCUCAUAAAACUGGUUCCUUUGAAUGGUGAUGAGUCCUUGAAGAAAAGUUUUGAACUUUUUGAAGAGCUGGAUGUUCACUACCAUAACAGAUUCUUCAGGCACAUCGGACUCUCUGACAACGCUAUAAAAAGCACUGCGCACCUUCAUCCUGAAGAUCGAGUCUAUGAACUGUUGAAAGUAUGGUUGGAGAAAGUGGGCAUGGAAGCUGACAUGAAUGACCUAAUUAAAGCAUUAUUUUAUUUUGGCCAAAGGUUAUCAGCAGAAAAUAUUAUUUCUAAAGCCAUUGAAAAUGGUUAUUAUGAAUAUGCAGAAAAUGAAAAGUGAAUGUAUGCCUGCUUCUACGGAGUUAUGGGGAAAAUACAAAAAAUACUUGGAUAAGGUGUACAGUAUGAGUCAGAACUGAGCCGUAUGUGUGUCGUUAAAUGAUCCCAGGUACUUGCUGUUACAGGCCUAUUGGCUUGCUGUUGAGUAAUUUCCUCUGUACAGUUUCACACAGUGAACUGGUAGGCUAUGCACUGGCUAGUGACUGUAGAGCUGGUGGUGGAUGUUUAGUGUUUCACAACUUCAGUCCUCCAGUACCCCUAAUGGCAAAACUCUGUUUUAGCCCUGGACAAGCACACCUGAUUCAACUAAUCAUCAAACCCUCAAUGAGUUGAAUCAGGUGAGUUUGUAAUGGACUACAGCAAAAAGUUGUGCUUUUGGGGUUACUGGAGCUGGGAAACACUGCUGUAAGGGUACAGGAUUAUAUACACCGGAUGUUGUCUACGCUGAUGUAGUGCAUAGUGAUCGGGCCAUUAUGGACUGGCCUGAAUGUAUUUUAAACACCAAGGCUGCUUCCCAAAUGGAACCCUAUUACUUUUGACCAGGGCUCUGUUCAAAAGCAAUGCACUAUAUAGGAAAUAGGGUGGCAUUUGGGAAGUACUCCCAGUGGUGUCUCUUGAAGAGUCGGCAAUGAAUGUAAAACACAUAUUUACACAUGAUCAAAAAAUACAUGUAAUUAUGAGAUUUAAAAAUAUAUUUUGGUCUUGUUGAGCAAUAAUUUAUUGGUUGUUGUGGUUUUGUUUAUUUGUAUUGAUGAUGAACCUUGUGUAAAAACGAUACUUUUAUCUCAAUUUAACUUCAUCAGGAAAUUUAAAUGCUGUCACUGUCCAUGAAAUUGCAACAAAGUUCUGUCUUAACACUGAUAAUGCCAAAGUUCCUGUUGCUCCUUAAGCAUAAAAUGUGUGUAUAUAUAUAUAUAUAUAUAUUUAUUUUAAACAUGAUUUAUUUGAAGGAUGUUUCAGUGUAACCAAGUGUUUAAAAUGGCAUUGACAAUUUGGUAUUUGUAAAUGGGCAAUGUUGAUCAGGUCAUGAGUUCAGAGCAGGUAGUUUCCACUAGGUGGCGCUAUCUAUGGAAAUAAUCUAGUCUUCUGCUGUCUAAUGAUGAGCUGCUAUUCCCAGCCUGUAGUACUGUACACUGUAUUUAGUGAUGUAGUAUUUAGCAUGGCCUUUUUUAACAUUGAUGGAAUGAUUUUGGUUUGUCUUUUGCAAUCAUGAGACUAUCUUCUCUCUACAUUGUUAGCUAUGUUCUUGUCUUCACAGAUUGCCCUUCGGGACAGUUUCACUAACAUUCAAGUAUUUUCAUAUCUUCUCUGUUAGUUUACAGAAUAUUUCCUUGAGUUGGAUCCAAAGUGCAGUUGCCUUGCCAGUGUCAUUUUUAAUAUAACAUUUCACACAUGAUGUAUGUCAAUAUUUAUUAUUGUAUGUCGAUGUUCUUUACAACUAAAUAUUGUCUUUUUUUUUUCGAUAGAAUUUUGAUGGUAAUGCAUCAGUUUUGAAAUAAAUAUUAUUAAAAUGUUA